AUGACCCUUCCUGCACCGCCUCGCAUAUAUGCCCCUGACGAGGGUGAUGAUGGUUCUGAAGACGGUAAUGACAUUGCAUUGAUGGAUGCUCUGGACAGCAAGUACUUCGUCAUGGUCAAACUAAUUGUGUGCUCGCCCUGCCUCGUUGCUGCACUGUUCAGGGUUGACACUGUCUUUAAGAUUGCAGUGUGCCGGCCUGGAUCCUCAUCAUGGUCAGUACCGCAUUGCCCAUUUCCGUGGAAUACUGACAUUGCAUUCUACCAGGGGAAGCUCUACGCCAUCACUUGUACCGGGUACCUUUUAGCUCUCAACAUCAGUGUGGAUGAUAACACUGGUGAUCCGCAGUUUGCGGAAAGUGAAGAAAUUAUCACGCCGGACACAAACGUAGGAGCAGCAGCUCGAGUUCUGGAACCUGACACUUGGGACGAGUGUGAGAGCAGUUACGAUGCUGAUGGUGUGGCAAACGACAAGCCGUUCUCGCAUCUGCCAAUGAUCUCAUGGAGGGGCCACAAGGGGCUUGCAGGAAAACACAAAGAAACGGCCUCGUUUCUUAUUGGGCUCGGCCCAUACGAGGACCGGCUACCUACGGCGAGCACACAGGAUUCGUGGUCGAACAUCCCGCUGGAUCUCGCGGGCCUCGUUCUCAAGCGCCUUCCCGCCCAAGUCGACCGCGUCCGCUUCGCAGCUGUGUGCCCCCAGUGGCGCUCCGCCGCGCGGCAGGUCAAGCUGCCCCCUCCAAUGCCGCUGCUCGCGCUCAAGGCCGGGGACAUCUUCUACAGCAUGCCCCAGGGUGAGCCGCUCCACUUUGCUGGCUACAAAAACGGCCAUUUAUCUGGCUGCAGAAACGGCUUCUACACAGCUUGCGGUAACUGGCUGGUGUACCGGCGCCUUUCCGACUUGCUCCUGUUGGAUCCGUUCUCUGGUGCCAGUGCCACCAUGAUCCUUCCUGCACCAUCUAGCGUUGUUUCAGUGAAGCUGUUCAUGGACGUGCAAUACUCCGACGUGAUCAAACUAAUGGUGUGCUCGCCCAACCUCAUUGCUGCACUGUUCCAAGGUAAGGAAUCCAAUCGGAUUGCAGUGUGCCGGCCAGGAGGCUCCAUGUGGGAGCUCUACGUAGUUGACUAUCAUGAGGACCUCUUGGCUCUGGACAUCAGCGUGGAUGACAAUACUGGUGAUCCACGGGUUGCUCGGAUCGGACAGGUCAUCAAUGUUGGCCACUUUGAUGAUCAGUGGACCUUGUUGAGGAUGCUCUACCUGGUUGAGUCGUGUGGCUCAUCGCUGCUGGUGCGUAGAAUGAUUUCCAAUAAGCAUGUUAAUGGCGAAGGACAGAUACACACUUUUCCUGGACAGUGUGAGCCUGACGUUUUGAUAUCCAAGGCAGACUUUGCGCGAUCGCAGUGGGUCAAGGUGACGACCCUCGCUGACGAUCGGGCACUGUUUCUAGGGCCAUGCUCCAGGGCUGUUUGCGUGCCUCAGGGUGACUCACCGGGCACUCGCGUGUGGUUCUUGGAUGACUACAAGGACUUUCACCUUUGGAAUGAGAGGCGUAGCAGCUUGAGUUCUGACACCAGCAGCGUGGCAACACCCAAGCCUUUCUCGCCUCUGCCAAUGAUUUCGUGGAGGGGCUACCUGGAAAAUGCAGGUGCUGCAUGGAUCUUCCCUGCAAACUGA